AUGGGAGAUUUCGCAAUUUCUUCUAUGCCAUCAUUGACAUCAAUAACUUUCUCAAAAGGAUCUCGACUUUCUUCGCUAGAUUUUAAUGUAUUUAUAUGGAACAGUUUAUUAGAAUUUAUAAUACCUGAAAGUGUUUCUACACUUUCAGGUGUUGCAUUCAGUGGAAGCGCGAAUAUGAAAAAUAUUCAUGUUGAUCCAAUGAAUCAGUAUCUAUGGGAUAACACAAAAGCAGUUUAUAAUAAAGACAAGACCAUCAUUUAUUAUUGUGCUUCUGCAUGUGAUGAAAGUUACACAAUUCUUGAUACAGUUACAACAAUAAAUCAAGGCUGUUUCAUUAAUUCAAAGCUUAAAAAUAUUAUUAUUCCUCCAUCCGUGGUUAGUAUUAGUUCAUAUGCAUUCUAUUAUUGUAGUAAUCUUAAACAAAUUAAUCUUCCUCCAAAUAUCACCAUUUUACGAGGUGGUGCAUUUCAAGGAAGUGGUCUAACUUCAAUUGAAAUUCCUAAUCAAGUAAAAAUACUUGAAGAUGAAGUCUUUUCUAAGUGUGAUAAUUUAAGAAAUAUUGUUCUUCCUGAAAAUAUUACUGAUAUUGGAGGAAGUGCAUUUCCAGAUAUUCCAGAUCUUAAUUUAACAAUAUCUAGUAAAUCUUUAUAUAUAGAUAAACAACUAAUAAUAUAUUCAAAUAAUAAUAAAACAAUUUCACAAUUCUUAGGUCAAGACUAUGAUAUCAUAAUUCCAUACACAAUAACCAGAAUUAAGGCGCGGGCUUUUUCUAACAAAAUCAAGAUUAGUUCAGUGACAUUCGAUGGAGACUCACAGUUACAAUAUAUUGAAUAUGCCGCUUUCAGCGGAUGUACUAAUCUAUCUAAAUUUUCAUUUGGAAAACAUAUUAUUGAAAUCGAUACGAAUGCUUUUGAAAACACAAUUCUCAAUUCAGCAAUUGCUUUCCCUUCAUCUUUAACAAAAAUUUCAAAUUCAGCCUUCAUGAAUUGUAAAAAGAUUCCGUCGAUAUCAUUCUCAUCAUCAUCGAGCUUACAGAUUUUUGAUAGUGCAUUUGAGAAUUGUAUAUCUAUCUCAUCGAUAAUAUUUAUCACCAAUCCAGAAACAACAUUAGGUGCAUCAUGUUUCAGCAACUUGAAAUCUUUGAACAGCAUCCAGAUUUCAAACAACAUCAAAUCAGUUGGAAGUGCAUGUUUUUCUAACAGCGGUCUUAGUCGUGUUGACUUUUCUAACAACAAUAUAUCAUUUGAUUCACUCUCACCAUCUAUAUUCAGAGGCUGUAUCAACAUCCGAUCUUUCACAAUUCCAUCUAACUGCAUCACCAUUGGGACUAGUGCACUUUCAGGCACAUCUAUUGAACAUCUCGACAUUCCAGACAGCGUCGAAACAUUUGAUGGUUAUUGCUUCUCAUUCUGCACAAAUCUUGUCUCUAUCAACAUCAAAAACAGCAGUCACCUUCAAAACAUCCGUCUUGGUGUAUUCCAAGGAUGCACCAACUUCGCUACAAUCAACGAGUUUGUCUCAUCCAACUUUGUUUGCGAGAGUGGUGCUCUGUACAGCAGUGAUCACAGCCGUAUGCAUGUAUAUCCUCCUGCAUCAACACGUAGCUACUUCUAUCUUCUUGAGGGUGUUGUUUCUAUCGAAGACAGUGCAUUCAUCGGUUGCACACAUCUUCAAUCAGUUCUUCUUCCAGAGAAAAGUCUUGUCAAAAUUGGACAGAGUUCAUUCGAAGGAUGCAUCAAUCUUUGUCACAUCACAAUUCCAUCCAGCAUUAUCUCUAUUGGUGAGAAUGCAUUCCUUAACUGUCACAGUCUUAACUGCGGUGCACUCAUUCAGAACAAAGAAAGCAAGACAUUCAUCCGACUUCUUAAGCAGAGUGGUCUUGACAUUUCACAAUCUCUAUACUGCUCCGACUUUUCAUGCAAAGCUAACAUUCACUCUAAUUUUCAUCUUAUCAUCACCGAAAUUGCUGUUAUGAUUUUAAUGUGA